AUGAGCGCGCCUGCCAGCUGCAUUGCGGGCUAUAGGCUUGCUGUUCGCACGCAGGGCAGUCACGGUGGCCUCAAUCUUUGCGCUUCCUUCUUCAACGCUCGAGCAGCACCAGUCUUGCAGCAUGAGUAUCACUCCAAGCAUCACCAACAGCCGGGUGCAAGCAUCUGGAGCUUAGCUCGUCUACGUCCAUUGAGCUUGCAGCAGCGUAUCACCAAGGUCCAGAGUGCAGCCGUGACGCGCUUUGCAUCUCAUGCUGCAGCGGAGCCGCACGACGAGGAGACCCCUACCACACCGCCAUUCAGCGCUGGACCCUACUCGAACCUGACUAUCGGUGUUCCCAAAGAGAGCUUCCCAGGCGAACGCAGAGUUGCCAUCACACCGCAAAAUGUCAAACUUCUGCUCAAGAAAGGGUUCUCACGCGUCCUCAUUGAGCGUGGUGCUGGUGCCGAAGCUCAAUUCACCGACGAGGCGUACGAGCAGGCAGGCGCUAAGACUGUCGACCGUAGGAGCGUCUUUUCCGAGGCUGACAUCAUGCUAAAGGUCAGGCCUCUAAGCAUUGAUGGAGAAGAUAGUGAAGUCGAUGCCAUCCGUGAAGGUGCUACUGUCAUUUCUUUUCUCUACCCUGUACAGAACAAGCAUAUUGUAGACCGCAUUGCAUCGCGAAAGGCUACUGCAUUCGCCAUGGAUAUGGUUCCUCGUAUUUCUCGAGCCCAGGUUUUCGAUGCUUUGAGUUCAAUGGCCAACAUUGCUGGAUACAAGGCCGUUUUGGAAGCCUCGAACCACUUCGGACGUUUCCUGACCGGUCAGACAACCGCCGCUGGAAAAAUCCCACCUUGCAAAGUUCUGGUAAUCGGUGCCGGUGUCGCAGGCUUAAGUGCCAUUGCAACUGCACGUCGCAUGGGCGCCAUUGUCCGUGGAUUCGACACUCGCUCGGCAGCUCGUGAACAAGUCCAAUCUCUUGGUGCUGAAUUCAUCGAGGUCGAAAUCGAAGAAGCCGGAGACGGAGCUGGCGGCUAUGCCAAAGUGAUGUCAAAGGAAUUCAUCGAGGCCGAGAUGAAGCUCUUCUAUGAGCAGUGUCGAGAAGUCGAUAUUGUCAUCACCACUGCUCUUAUACCUGGAAAGCCUGCGCCAAAACUCAUUACGAAGCAGAUGCUGGCAGCAAUGCAUCCCGGAUCCGUGGUUGUGGAUCUCGCAGCUGAGGCAGGUGGCAACUGCGAAGCGACCGUGCCCGGAGAGCUGACCAGAUAUAAAGACGUAACUGUUAUUGGCUAUACUGAUCUCCCAUCUCGUCUGCCUACGCAGUCAUCUACGCUCUACUCUAACAAUGUGACUAAGCUGCUAUUCUCUCUGGUGCCAAAAGACAAGAGAGAGAAGUACUACGACAUCGAUCUGACCGAUGAGGUCACACGCGGCUCUAUUGUCACGUAUGAUGGAAAGAUUCUCCCCCCUGCUCCUCGACCUGCAGGUCCACCAGCGCAAGCCAAGCCUGCGCCUUCGCGUGCCGAUCAGGUCGCAAACAUCGUUGCUUUGACACCUUGGCAGACCCAGUCUCGUCAAGUCGCAACUUUAACUGCUGGCAUGACUACUGCCCUUGCUCUCGGCAAGUACACUUCGCCACUCUUCAUGUCCAACGCUUUCACAUUCGCCCUGGCUAGUCUGAUCGGCUACCGCGUCGUCUGGGGAGUUGCACCGGCCCUUCACUCUCCGCUUAUGAGUGUCACCAACGCCAUCUCUGGUAUGGUCGGGAUUGGUGGCCUCUUCGUCAUGGGCGGGGGCUACUUACCGGGCACUAUCCCCCAGGCUCUCGGUUCUCUGUCCGUUUUGCUCGCAUCUGUCAACGUCGCAGGAGGCUUCAUGAUCACCAAGCGCAUGUUGGAUAUGUUCAAACGCCCAACGGACCCUCCUGAGUAUCCAUGGCUAUACGCAAUUCCUGCUGUCAUCUUUGGCGGAGGUUAUGUCGCUGCAGUCUCGACAGGAAUGGCUGGACUGGUACAGGCUGGGUACCUGGUCAGCAGCGUACUUUGUGUGACUUCGCUCUCUGGUCUGGCUUCGCAGGUCACUGCCCGUCGCGGUAACUUGCUCGGUAUACUCGGUGUUAUGUCCGGUAUCCUCGCUUCUUUGGCCGCAGUCGGCUUCUCAAACGAGGUACUCGUACAGUUUGCUGGAGUCGCUGCCAUUGGUACCAUUGCUGGACUUGCGAUCGGCAAGCGUAUCACGCCCACUUCGCUUCCGCAGACAGUUGCCGCGCUGCACUCAGUCGUCGGUCUCGCGGCUGUGCUUACUAGCAUCGGUAGUGUUGUCGGUCACACUGGUGAUAUCUCCACUCUGCACUUGGUCAGCGCUUACCUUGGCGUUUUGAUUGGUGGUGUGACAUUCACUGGAAGUAUCGUUGCCUUCUUGAAGCUGGCAGCGAAGAUGUCGUCGAAACCCUUGGUUCUUCCUGGACGACAUCUUGUCAACAGCACCCUCCUGGGCGCGAACUUUGCCACUCUAGGAGCGUUCCUGGCAUAUGCACCUGGAGCUCCCCUCAUUGGCGCAGCUUGUCUGUGCGGCAACGCGGUACUGAGUUUCAUCCAAGGCUACACUACCACAGCAGCCAUCGGUGGCGCGGACAUGCCCGUCGUCAUCACAGUGCUGAACGCAUACUCUGGAUUCGCUCUCGUUGCUGAGGGCUUCAUGUUAGACAACUCUUUGCUUACCACAGUCGGCGCCCUUAUCGGCGUCUCGGGCUCGAUUCUCUCGUACAUUAUGUGUGUGGCCAUGAACAGAUCGCUCACCAAUGUGCUGUUUGGAGGCAUAGCUGCAACACCUCAGACACAGACAAAGAUCGAGGGCGAAAUCACCAGGACCACCUCUGAAGAGACAGCGGAGGCAUUAGUGAAUGCUGAGAAUGUUAUAAUCGUCGUUGGAUACGGAAUGGCUGUCGCGAAGGCACAGUACGCGAUCUCUGACUUCGUCAAGGCCCUCCGCGCCAAGGGUAUCAACGUGCGCUUCGCCAUCCAUCCAGUCGCAGGUCGCAUGCCAGGUCAAUGCAACGUGCUGCUUGCCGAAGCCAGUGUGCCGUACGACAUCGUGCUGGAAAUGGACGAGAUCAACGAUGACUUCCCUGAAACCGAUGUUACGCUCGUAAUUGGUGCGAACGACACGGUCAAUCCUAUUGCCCUUGAGCCUGGAUCUGCCAUCGCUGGCAUGCCGGUCUUGCACGCUUGGAAGAGCAAGCAGGUCAUUAUUAUGAAGAGGGGCAUGGCCAGUGGAUAUGCGGACGUGCCAAAUCCAAUGUUUUACAUGGAGAACACGAAGAUGCUGUUCGGCGACGCCAAUGACAGCUGCAACGCCAUCAAACGCGCGUUGGAGGAGAAAAUCAAGGGUCUCUGA